AUGAAGUUUUCUACAUUAGGUUUGGCAUUUGCGAUUGGUGCCACGGCAGCUGCCAGUCUACCCGCCAUAAAUAUCACUGGAAAUGCUUUCUUUAAUUCGGAAACUGGUGAGAGAUUCUACAUUAGAGGUGUUGACUAUCAACCUGGAGGUUCUUCGAACUUGACUGAUCCCUUAGGGGACUCCACAAUCUGCGGGAGAGAUAUCCCUUAUUUUGAGGAGUUAGGCUUAAAUACCAUAAGAGUUUACUCUGUUGAUAAUACAUUAGACCACUCGGAAUGUAUGCAGAUGUUGGAUGACGCUGGAAUCUAUUUGAUUCUUGAUCUCAACACCCCUGACGCCUCUAUUUCUCGUUACGAUCCUGGCUGCUCCUAUAAUGCCGUCUAUCUUAAUGAGGUGUUUUCUACUGUUGAUGAGUUUUCCAAUUACACCAACAUCUUGGGAUUUUUUGCAGCAAACGAGUUGGUUAACAACAACGCCAGCUUAGACACUGCCCCUUAUAUAAAGGCCGUCGUUAGAGACACCAAAAAGUAUAUUAAGGCCAGAGGUUACCGUCAAAUCCCAGUAGGCUAUUCUGCGGCCGAUGUUUCCUCUUUGAGGAAGGAACUUGCGGAUUACCUAAAUUGCGGUAACGACACUGAUGCCAAGAUUGAUAUGCUUGGUGUCAACGAUUACUCUUGGUGUGGUCAGUCCUCGUUCACUACUUCUGGAUAUUCUGAAAAGGUUGAAAUGUACACAGGAUUUUCGGUCCCCAUCUUUCUUUCUGAAUACGGUUGCAACCAGGUGCCUGGCUCGAGACCAUUCACCGAGGUUAAAUCAAUUUAUUCGACGCAGAUGUCCCCCGUGUUCUCUGGUGGUUUGGUUUAUCAGUAUACAGAGGAUUCUUCCAAGUACGGUCUAGUCGAAAUCGAGGGAGACUCUGUAGAGACCUUAACCGACUUUGAAAAUCUUAAAGAUGAAUUAAACUUGACGUCCGAUCCAAUCGGUGACGGUGAUUACUCUGCUACCGGAGAAGAGUCUGCUUGCCCCACUGACUGGGCUUUCAGUAUUAAUAUUCCUACUGCACCAGAUGGCUUGUCUAAGUUAUUGAAGAACGGUGCCACUGGUGGUAAUGGCUUUGAUGCCGAGACUCAGAACUCCUGUGGUGACGAUGCAUACUACGUUAGCUCUACCAUCACUGCUAACUCGUCUUCCAUGGAGCAUACUUCCUCUUCGACUGCAUCAUCUGCCCAUUCGACCUCCACAAAAUCUUCUUCUUCGUCUUCCAAGGGCAUCGCGGAUCAGCUUGAGGCCCACGGUAUGACGGCACUCUUGGCUCUUAUUGCCAUUCGGAAGAUUUACAUUAAGUAA